AUGACGGGAACCGCGGCACAACCCAGUUCCGUAUUCAUUCGUACGGUCAUUUCGUCCGUCCAAUUUCUCUCUCUCUCUUUUUCGCGCGCGCGUCCGAGUAAUUCUUUUUCAUUCCGUGUUUUCUUUCUCUUUAAACAAUCGUCCCAAUGUUCCUCUCACUUUUCUUUCUUUUUUUCUUUCUUCCUCUCUGCUCACUCUUUCUUUUCUCCUCUUUCAAACCAUCGUCCUGUUGUAGCUUUCUCUUUUCCUCUCCAGGUUUUUUCUCUUUCUUUCCUUUUUUCUCACCUCAGCCCCAAUGUGUAUUUCUCGAGUCUUCUUUUUUUUUUCUUUAAUAUAUAUUUCAUCGAUCCUGUCUUUUUUUUUCUUUCUAUGUUUCUCCAUUAUUUUUCCUUUCUCUCACUAUCCUUUGAUCUUUCUUUUUCCUCAUUCAUCCUGUCAUUUGCCUAUAUUCUUCUUUUUCUUUUCUCAAUUCUUCAUUGCCCCCCCCUCUCUAAUCUUCCUGACCCUUGGACUUUUUUCUUCAUUUCCUCUCUCUCUCUCUUAUCCUCUGUUUUCUUCUUCUUCCUUCCGUUCUUUCUUUCUUUUCGCCAUUUUCCUUCUAUCUUUCACUAUCUGUCUCUCUCUACACCGUUUUCUUUCAGUUUCUAUUAUUUCUUCUUCUUCUUCUUUUCUCCUAUGGCUCCUUGCUUUUUCGAUUCUUCUUUCCCGGUCAGUAUUUUUCUCUUUUCAUUCCCAGUUUCGAUUUUUUUUCCCUUUAUUUCCACUUUUUUCUUCCUUUUCUGUGAGCAACCCAAUUUUAACUCCCCCCCUCCGUUUUCCGUCCUCGUUUCAAACUGCUCUCUCUCCUUUUCUCUUCUCUCUCAUCCAUUAUUUUAUUCCAGCUCUCUUUUACCGUCUCAUUUACCGUUCUUCGUUAAAAUUCUCUUUUUCUAUCAUUUACUACGUUUCGCUUCUUUCUCUUCUAAAUUCUCAUGCACUCAAUUCCAAUUUUGUCCAAUUUCAAUGUCCGCCCCCGCCACCCGCCACCUCACAGAUGAUUCUGUCUCUUUGCACCCUCUCUCAUUGAACGUGUUCCUUCUUUUUUUUUUUGUUGUUUCUUCAGUUUUCUCGUUGAUGGAUUCCCUUCCUGUCUUCCUCAAAAUUUCCAUCGCUCUGGGCAUCCGACUCGUGUUAAAUUAA